GUUCUCAUUUAUUCGUACAAUAAAAGUGACCUGAAAUUUAAACGAAAUGAUAAAAGCAACUGAUGAAAUUGAGGCACAGUUGCACGAUAAUCUUGAGAAGCAUUUCGGCUACACAGAAUUCAAGUCCGAUUUGCAGAAGAGGGCGGUGAAAUGUGCAGUAAAAAAAAAACGGGACAUAUAUAUUAGUAUGCCCACCGGAUCUGGCAAAUCUUUGUGCUUUCAAUUGCCCGGUUUAAUGAGUGAUGGCCAAAUUACAAUUGUGUUUUCGCCUUUAUUGGCUUUAAUUAAGGAUCAAGUCGAUCAUUUAGCCAAAUGGAAAAUUUCGGCCGAUUCUUUAAAUUCUAAAAUGACACAGAAAGAGCGAGAACGAGUGGUUAAUGAUUUAAAAGCCAUACGUCCUAGCAUACGUUUCUUAUAUAUCACACCGGAGCAGGCAGCUACUAAGGGAUUUCAAGACCUGCUUAGACAGCUCGUGGAAUAUGAUAAAAUAGCUUAUUUUGCUGUGGAUGAGGCUCACUGCGUAUCCCAAUGGGGUCAUGAUUUCAGACCAGAUUAUUUGCGUUUGGGUGAGCUGAGAGUAAAAUAUCCGAAAAUUGUGUGGAUGGCGUUGACGGCUACAGCCUCCAAACAAGUGCGUGAAGACAUUUGCAAGCAAUUGCAACUUAACGAACCAGUGGCGCAAUUUGUUACACCUAGCUUUCGUAAGAAUCUCUUUUAUGAUGUUGUGUUUAAAAACUCCAUUGAGGACGAUUUUCAACACUUGGCUUCGUUCGCAUUACAUUGUUUGGGUGAUGAAGACGAAUAUAAGGAAACACCACCGGCUCAAAGGGGCUGCGGCAUCAUAUAUUGUCGUACUAGAGAAAAUGUUGAACGUGUAGCUUAUGGAGUCUCCAGGCGAGGCAUUGCAGCGAUGGCCUAUCAUGCCGGUUUAAAGGCUUCUGAACGUAUAGAAGUUCAAGAGAAGUGGAUGAGAGGGGAAUAUCCUAUUAUAGUGGCUACGAACAGUUUUGGGAUGGGUGUAGAUAAAGCUUCUGUACGGUUUGUUAUUCAUUGGGAUGUGCCACAAAAUGUGGCUGCCUAUUCCCAAGAAUCUGGUCGCGCUGGUCGUGAUGGUCUCAAAUCCUAUUGUCGCCUCUACUACGGACGUGAGGAUGCGAAAUCUAUUCGCUUUCUCCUGCAAAAUGAUAUCAAUCGUUUCCGCAAUUCAACAUGCUCUGCAAAAUUGGAUUUAGCGCAGCGGGCAAUGAAGAAUUUUGAUGAAAUCGUUGCAUUUUGUGAAAUGUUGCAGUGCCGCCAUAAAUUGUUUUCUGAUUAUUUUGGUGAUCCUCCACCAGAUUGUCAAAAACAAUGCGAUGUUUGCAAGAAUCCUAAAAAAAUGGAAAAGGCCUUGCAGACGUUUCAAAGACUCUGUAUGGAUUCUGCGUUGAAAACCGACAUUUCUUUGGAAGAUAGCAGCGAUCUGUAUGAAGGAGGUCGUGCUGGUGCCAAAAGGGAUGCGGCGGAUUACAAUGAGAAUUGUACAGAUGAUGAUUUUUCUGGCGAUGAUACUGCUCGCAAUCAAUUGGCCAAGAAAGCUAAACGUGAAACUGAGGAUUUUAUACGCAAGCAAUUUCAGCUAAGAAAAUGUUUAAGUGCAGCAAAAGAAUUGGAAAACGAACCCUGCACUGCGAUGACCAGAGUACAUCAGGCUCAAGCUACCAACACAAAAGUGGCAGGCUUAAAAAUAUCUAUUCGAGAAAAUUACUUGACUGCCUUGACUGAUGCACUCAAACAAAAUGUACAGAACAGUAAUGAAGAUAAGCCCAAAAAUGAUCUGGCGCAAAGGGACUAUCAGGCAGUAGCAGCGGACUUAGAAUACGAAUGUUUUUCGAAGCAGAAAAUUGCCAGCAUGUAUAGACAUUCUAUGGCCAAACAGUUGUCAGCAAUAAAACAAAUGACUUCACAGAAACGUUUGCUCCCAAUUUUAAUGACCUUUGAACCCAAACCGCAAGCGAAACCGAUCUUUUAUAAUGGUGGGAGUGUUGAAUAUUUUGAACGUAAACUUAAGGAAUUGGAGGAACAAAAGCCGCAAUCGAUGGUUUCGAAGAAAGAUCUUCCAAAAUCGUUGCGUGUAAGAAAAAGUUUUAAGCAGGAGAUGAGCAAACAAACAAGUAUAGAAAAUUAUUUUAAUAAAGCUCUCAUUAAAACGGAGACUGAAGAUGAACUUAGUAAUGCUAGCUCAGAGAAUAAGGAAAUAGGAGGUUUUAACGUGAAAAAAGAAAGUAAAAACGAAACGGCCGACGUUUCAGAAAGAAAGGAUAUAGAGGAAGACUUAAAAAAACCUAUUAUGAAUGACGGGAAGGAAGAAGACCUAAUUGGUAAAGCAGAACUCAUUGAAAAUAUAUUGGAGUGUGAAAACAAAGAAGACAAUUUGGAAAGUCUCCUCUCCAAGGAACGCGAGCUAAAAAUGGAAAUAGAAAACCUAGAGAAGGUCGAUUCGGAAGAAGAUUACAAGUAUAGAGACCCGUGUGGCGAAGAUUCUCAACAUGAUUUCAAUGAUAAUAGAAAAAUCUUAAGCUAUGAGGAAACACUAUUCACAAAACCGUCAACGUCAACUCUAAACUAUUCUGUUAGUGGAACGCACUUGAAAGCGAAACGUACCUCUCAUUACAACAAAUCUCAUCAUUUGGCUACAACAACUAACCAAAGUGUUGAUAAAUUGAAAAAUCAUGCUUCAACAAGCGAUUGCAAAAAGGACAGUCAUUCGAGCGGAAAACAACUAUUAAAUUUAGAUCACCAUAUAAACACAAACAGCAGCAGCAGCAGAGAGCAAUCUUCAGCGAAAGAGAAAAGCCUUUGGCCUGCUGUUCAUCAAACACAUAGUUCUCACAGUCGGGUGAAGGAGUAUUUGGAGAAGAAUGCAGCGUCUUUUAAAACAAAAUUAUCUCAUCACAUUAGCUCCUCCAAUUCAACACAUCCGAAAUCGAAGGCUCAAUCGGAACGAGAAACCGCUUUUAAGCAUAAAACUGACGUUAGUAAAUCAGUGGUGGAUUAUUUAAAUCCAUAUUACAAGCGAAAAAUAGCCACCAAGGAAUUAUUUAAAAUUUUAGCCAAACGUAUUACCAAUCGAGUAAUUGAUGGCAACCUGGCCUCCGACGAUUGGAAAUCUCAAAUUAAAAAUACUUUUCAUAAUCUUAAAAUGAUCAGCGAAGAUUCCGAUAUUGAGAAAUACUUUCCUGUUACAUGAAUUUUCGAUUCAUUUAUAUAUAUUCAUCAUAUUAUCUUGAUAGAGUGUUUAUGUUACGACUAAUUUUUAUCAAUUUCUACUAUUACUAUUUUAUUUUAUUUUUUUUAAUUACCUUAUGAUUAUUAUUACU